AUCUGGGAAUCUGGGAUUGGCUGCCAAACAGCGGCCCAGGAAUGGAACCCCUUGAAACCCAUGCCAUCGACUUGGCUUCUCGCGAAAUCUGGGGUGCGGUCUGGGCCUGAUCUGUCUUCGACCCCAAAAAGCACUCCUUGACGCUGCAGCCAUCCCUCGACGACAUCGGCCUCGUUCCUCGACUGGCACGGACGCUGCCAGCACACCCUCGUAACGUCCAGACCGACCGACUAUCGCUACUGGCUUCUCGUGAGCCUGCCCCAAGAUGCGCACUGAGUGCGCAAAACGAAUUUCGACCAGUCAAGAUUAGAAUAUGAAACCAGACAGCAGUACGGCGACCGCGAUAGAGGCGAUCGACAAGGCACCCGAUGUGACGGUUCCCGAAAUCCCGACUCUGGCGCCGCCGGUGACGCCGACAUCCCCGCUCGAGGCGGUCGAGACGGCGGAGAAGCCCCAACACAAGACCGGCAGCGACCCCAGGCACGACGACGGCAGCAGCAGCGACAGCAUCACCAACAAAACAAUACAGUUCCUAUCCACUGCCACACCAGAAACACUUGGCACCAUCGCAGUCGGGCUUGCGGCUACCACAUACUUUGUCCUCGGCAGUCUUGGCAUUCUGCUGAUCGGGGCUUUCGCCGGCGCCGCUGGCGUCAUAUCGUGGGAGGCCCGGAGCCCAGAGGUUGCCAGGAACGUUAGGGGCGAGAAGGGUGUCGAUGCGCUUACACGUAUCCUAGACUACAAGGGUGCCCUGAGUGUUGCUGCAGAGGCGGACGGCAAAGAUGGCGAGGAUGCUGCCCCCUUCCGCGGCUUCGAGGAUUUCCAGCCCGAGACGCGCGAUGCUCUGAACGGGCUCGUGGAUGCCGUCAUCCGGGACUACGUGAACUGGUGGUAUGCGCCCCUCGUGCCCUCCGACAAGGCCUUCGCCCUGUCGUGCCGCAAGGUCCUCACCUCAUUCCUCCUAUCCGUGUCCAACCGCCUCAGCAAGAAGCGACCCGCCGACACUUUCCUCGACUUCCUGACCAACUCGUCCUCCAUCGUAAUCGUAUUCUUCUCCGAACUGGCCACCGCGCUCGCUGAUAUGCCUGCUGACGGCUCCCGGACCGCCGCCGACUCCAUCUACAACUACCUCGCCGCUAAUCCCGACUCAAAUCUCGCCAAUCUGCUGAACAAGAAGCAACAGGCUGCCAAGCUUCGCAUGGUAGCCGAAGAUCUUCUGGGGUUCCUGGACCGGCCAACCUACGACUGCGAUCCCGCCAGGACGUUCCUUCGCGAGAUUCUGGCUGGUGUUGCUCUCGAGUCGACCCUGACCUCGUGCUCCAAGGCCGAGUGGAUCAAUGGCUGGAUAGUGCAUCUUCUAGAGGCAGGAGAGCCCGACUUCAACCAGGCAAUCGACGUUGGCAUGCAGACGGGGUCAGACCCGAGCACCUUCGCUGACCUGGACGGUAACGUGGGCAAUAUCGGCUUGACAAAGGGCAAUCGGAACUCACUAGAUAUGGAGAAGGCCCGCCGGAAGGAGAGCAUGGCACACAAAAAGAAACUUAGCAAAGCCGACGAGGAGAUGGAGGCCCUUGAGGAGAUGAGGAAACUCAACCAGAUGAUAGCAGACGAGGACUCUCGUAGGAAGAGAGAGUCUAUGGCUGCGGUGCAACCACCACCUCGGCCGCAGGCUGAGUCGGCCAGCGCGACCGAGGCAUCGUCGAGGCUCGCUGACGCCUUGAAGCGGAAUGUCGACACUUUGGACAUGCAACCUGACACGGCCCAAGGACUGGCCAAUCCCCAAAGUCCGGAACCUCCAUCGGCGACCUCGCAAGGACCGGCCUCACCUAAGGACGCGUUUCGAGAGGACGCUUCCAGCAAGCGCGGCUCGGUUCACACACCGCUCACCCCUGGCUCGUCCGCGAUGGACACACCCAGCAGUCAACCUUCCUCUCCAAGGCGGCCCGAUUCGGGAGGCCAGUUUACCAGCUUCGACCAGCUCGUACCCCCGGCACAAGACGAUGUAGAACUCAGCGACUCGGAGCAGCUCAACAAGGGGCCGCCGCCACUGACGCUCCACAACGCCGUAAUCAGCAUCCAUGACGACGGGAUGCCAGACAGCAAGAACUGGAUCAAGACCAAGCCCUCGAGCGACUUUCUGAUCCAGGUCGAGCCCGCAACCUCGCACUACCCGGGUUGGAUGAUUGUGAGGAAAUAUUCCGACUUUGAGAGCUUACACGAGGUCCUAGCCCGCAUUGCAAAGAUAUCUAGCGCCACAGCAUUUACCGAGCAGCACAACACUCUGCCGAGCUGGAAGCAGCACACAAAGAGCUCACUUAGGGGGGAGCUCGAGCGCUACUGCCGGGAUGCCUGCUGGUACAAGCCGCUCGCCGAGAGCGAAGGCAUGAAGAGGUUCCUCGAGAAGAACACGACGCAUGUCCGCGGUCCGUCCAAGACCGGGUUUGAGGCGUUUGAAAGCAUGAGCAAAAACGUCCUGGGCGUGCUCACGAGCGCACCCAAAGGAGUUGCCGAGGGCGGCAAGGUGGUCGUGGGCGGCGUGACGGGCGUCUUGGGCAAUAUUGGCCUAGGCUCCAGGAAGAACACGAGCACUUCGCUGCAGGACACUGCCGCCACGGUCACGCCCAGCGGCACGAGCUCGAACCGGCUGUCGCUGUCGCUGUCGCUAUCGUCGCCCAAGCUAGAGACCAGCCUCUCUCCCGGUAGCCUCCCAUUGAGAAAGCGGGAUAGCAUGGACAGUCAGAGAUCCUCGGUCAUUUCGACCCAGCCCAGCAAGGUGGCGCCCAUGGAGAGACGACCCAGCUUUGAUGCUGAUGGCGGACCCCUGAGCAGCCGUGAGCACAGCAGGGCCCCGAGCCUGGCACCCUCGCGCGACCCAAUCCGCUCUCCCUCGUCCACGAGCCUCAGCGGGAUGAAGCUGCCCCCGCCGCCCAACGACAUGCCGGACGACUACGAGUGCGCCGCAGGCGUCAAGCCGCUGCAACCAAUCGACGGCGGCGCGUCCCCCUCGCCCAUGAACCCGUCCCCGCCCAGCGGCGGCGGCAGCGGCCUCUCCCGGAAGCCGAGCGCCAGGAAGCCGCAGCAGUUCGCGCCCCUGUCGGAGCAGGAGACUGGCGUAGCGGUCGAGCUCGUCUUCGCCAUCAUCACGGAGCUCUACACGCUCUCGUCGGCCUGGAACUUCCGCCGCACGCUCCUGGGCGCGGCCAAGUCGUACCUCCUCCGGCCCGGCAACCCGUUCCUGGCCUCGAUCCGGUCCAUGAUCCAGUGCUCGGUCCUCGACGGGGCCGGGACCGACGCCGGCGUCGCGGCCCAGCUGCGCCGCCUGCGCGAGAACGCCCUGCCUACGCCCGACGAGCUCGCCGCCUGGCCCGCGGAGCCGUCGGCCGAGGAGAAGGAGCGGCUGCGGACCAGUGCGCGCCGCCUGCUCAUCCAGAGCGGCGUGCCCGCCGCCCUGUCGGGCGUCAUGGGCCAGUCGGCCACCGCCGACGCGCUGGGCCGCGUCUUCGACUGCCUGCAGGCCGAGGAGGUGGCGCGGGGGCUGCUGUUUGGCAUCGUGCUGCAGGCCGUCAGGGUCAUUACCCACUGAGUGAGGGUUUUUGCGAGCCUGACAGUCCCUGUGCUGCCAUGAUGAAAUGUUCGGUUUUUUUAUUCGGGAAGCACGAGCGCGGCGCAAUAUAUACAAGCUGGGAUAAACAUGUGAGCGGUUAUGGCAUCGCGACUCGGCGCAACAAAUUCCAAGAGCAUAUGGGGAGGGGCUACAUUGUCUGAGAUAUUGGUCCAAGUUCCGAUAUCCGCGGCGCAUUAAAACGUCAUAAAUGCCGUACCACGGAGUCUUUUUAUCUGGAAACCUGAGCUAUAUUUUUUUCUGCAAAUUCUUCAUCUAUAGAACACCAUAAUUAAUGUCGUCAGGCGAGCGGAAUCCAGCUCCCUGGCGUGUCUAUGCCA